UUAUUCUUUAAUUCUAAUAGUCAAUAAUAAAUAAAAUGGCGGAAGAUGACGAAAUAGAUAUUCUUGGUGACUUUUCUUUUAAUUCUUGCUUUGCUCAAAAUAAUCAAGGAAUACCUUCAUGUUCAAGUCGUGAAGACACUGUCCACCCACAGUGGUUGCUGGAUUCACCUGCUACAAAUUGGUAUGAUAGCAAGAGUAGAAAUAGGUCAAAAGAAGGUCCAUCAAGGAAGCUCUGUGGCACAAAAUCUUUUCAAAAGAAUAAUUGUGAUAAUGCCUAUGGAGAUGCAUGGACUCAGGAAGAAAGGAAUCUUCUCAACAAAGCAAUGGAAAAGCAUGGCCGAAACAUUAUGUUAAUAUCACAAAAGUUGAAAUCAAAAACAAUAACUGAAAUUCAAGCUUUGAUUGAUGCUGAAUAUGGUAUAAGUUUAGACACAACAUGGGAAAAACAUCAUGACCUUGAUCACAUUCCUUAUGUAGAACAGGAAGAAAUAAUAUCAGAAGAAGUCAGUAUAUCUGAUGCUAUUACUAUGGUUACCACUGGCUCUCCGACUAUCACUGUACCUAAAAUAUUCAGAAAAACAUCUCAAUCACAAGACAUUUUUAUAAAUUCUAUUGCCCACAAAAAUUCUCAUAUUAAUCAAAACAACAAUCUACAAAUUACAAAAAUUAGAGAGAAAGUGAAAGCUGCUAAAAAGGUUGGAAAUCAUAGAAGAAAAUUAUCUAGAAACUAUGAUAAAAGUAUUUCACCAGCACGGCUUAGAAAUGAUACUAGCCAUUCAGAAGAGAGCCUAAAAAGCCCAAAACUACAAAUUGUAUUAGGUUCUGGUCAAGCCUUACCAGUAUCUGAAGGAGAACAAGUAAUAAAAAUAGAAAAGAAAAAAGAUUCGGAACCAGAGAGUGACAUAGAAAUUGAUGUGGACAGUGACACAGAGGCACAGACAAGAAAAUCUCUGGAAGUUAAGGAUUCUGAUGUUAAGAAUGACAAUGAGCCAAUAGCCAUACCGCUAAGAAAGUUGGAAAUGCCAAAAAGAAGGAGGAAAAUUAAUUUGAAUGGAGGUGGAGGUUACCGUAUUAUGCACACAGAAGCAGGAGAUUUGUAUGAAAUAAGCACAGAGCCACGUAAAGAAAGACAACCUCGAAAACCAACAGUACAACUAAUACAGUGCAAGAAAUAUGGUGUUGAUAAACCGGCACCAUGUGAAUUACAACUACAUGUAUCAGUAUUAUUAAGUAUGGAUAUCCAUGCCCAUACGUCGCGGGCUGAAGUAAUGGGACUUUUGGGAGGUCAGCAAGUGACAUCAGGCCUACUGCUUUGCGCGUACGCAGUGGCAAAGGCUGCCGCUAAUAGUACACAUUGUGAUAUGGAUCCUGUUUCACAAGCCUCAGCUGGUGAAUAUCUUACAGCACAAGGUUUGUCAGUCUGUGGUUGGCAUCACUCACAUCCACAAUUUCCUGCGCUUCCCUCAAAGCGCGAUCUGAGUACUCAGCGCUCCUUGCAGGAUGCACUUGAGUGGCGCUUGCCCUUUCUAGCCUUAGUCACAUCACCGGCGCCGGCUCCGCAUUUCAGAUGUUUCCGCGUAGAAGACUCGGAAGACAAGGACACGCCAAUAGGAUAUCAACUAGAAGUUAAAUUAGUUCCUGAUCUAACUAUACAAAGUCUACCAGACUAUGUACGCGGUUUGAAAGAACUCCUACAGAAUAUCGAGAGAACUGAACACAGCAUUGAUUUAUCUAAAGAUGUCUGCCCCCGCACUGGAGUUGGUUAUUUGGAUAAGUGUAUAUGGAGUGUAUCACGCCACAUGCGAACUGCAGGAUACGAGGCUGACCAUCCAGUACUCAAGCAACUCAUACAAGGUGUGCGUGACAUCUUUAGAUAGUCCUGCCUGUCCAACAAGGAAUAGUACCUUAUUUUAUGUACAAUAAUUAUUUCAACCAAUGUAAAUACUGUUAAUAAACUUAAGUUAUGACA